AUGCAUCUAUUCGUCGAUUAUGUUUUAACAGAGGAGUUUUGGUCCCAAAUCGAUUUAUUCUCUAGAACACAAUGUAAUGCUUUCGAAAAAUCUUCACUUCCUCGUCAAUGUGAAAUUCUGUUUACUGGCAUAGAAAAUCAAAGUGAUAUUUUUGAUUUAAUUAAAUCUAUGUCAAAUCUUCAAGUAUUAAUUAUUCGAUGUAAUGAUGAUCAAUGGAAGGAUAUGAAUAUAUUCUCAAUAAAUGAUGCAUUAGUCGAAUAG